UAUGUAGGUAUGUGAUUGUGUUUGUCAUGAAAGUUAUCAAAUACGAAACAUUGUGAAUUGCCAAAUUUAAAACACGUCACAUUAUUAUAUUAUAAUAAGUAAAUUUUAAUACACACUGCUUAUAAUCAAGACAGAUAAUCAAACGACUGAUUUUGACGCAGAUAAGAAACAAAACAUUUUAACUUCGUUGGAAUUAGUUAAAUUUCGCAAUAUUAAACAGGAAACUGUUAUCCGAAUUUGCGUAGGAAUCAACGGCGAAUCGUUUAUAAAUGGACCCAAUAAUGGAAGAGGAUCAAGGGUGGGCGAUGUACAAUCCAUUCACUUUCGUUUUUCAAUUGCUUGCAAACUAUGGCUGGUACUUGUUGGGAGCGACAGGUGCUUCUGUCUAUCUGAUUCAUAAACUUAAACCAAAGUACGAGAGCUGGAAGCAAGCAAGAGAAGAUGCCGAGUACCAUAAAGAUCCAGAUAAGUCUCUGUCUCGCAUGGAGGCGAUACAGCGCGCCCGCGAGCGACAGCAACAGAUGCUGGAGGCAGCCUCCCUGCGGGCGCUAGAGCAACAGAAGGAGCGUGAAGAAAAAAAGCGCCAGGAAGCGCUUGAGCGGCUGGAGAAGUACGGCUCCAAGAGCGGCGACCGGCUCGGUUCAGUGGAUGAGGAUUACUUACCGCUGAGUGGAGGUGCGUCCACGUCCUCCUACCGACCUCCCAAACGAUCCGCCUGCUCAAGGGGGGGCUGUGGACGAUAGGGGGGCCAACAUAAACAACUAACGAAUUACUAUAUUUUAAUUGUUAUAAUAUUAAUUCUGACUGUUGUACACAAUCUCUUAAAAGUUUUUAUUCACCCACUGCUGGGCGAAGGCCUUAAAAGGUUAGUUGUUGUCUAUGAUCAAUAUUGAAGAUAAUGGUAGGUCUAAAAACUUGCUAUCUCUUUCGUUACCGAGCGUUAGAAAGGGAUAGCGUUAUGUAUGUCUCUUUCUGAUAUGUGUAUAUAGUAAUAUUCUUGUUGUCAAUGAUGUUGGGUUUUAGGUAAAAUUACUUAUUGUAAUAAAUAUGUGCUAAUACAAUUAAUAAAUACAUUUUAUG